AUGGACGCCCAUAUGUCUGUUGCUGGCAUGAACGCCUCAUCGUCGGCUCCUUUCCAAUCAGACUUGCUAUCUAGAUUUUCGCCGACUUCGAUCUCUGGUCCAGUCCUCUUGGGCCUCUUCCUUGGCUAUGUUGCUCUUUGUUCUCUUCUUCGGUUCUCCCGCAUAAACUCUCUUCUUUCCAAGUACGGGUACCACGAUCGUGCUUCUUUAAGUCGAAUGACAAACCAAGAUGCAUUCGAAAUUGUCAAGACUAUGGCAAACCUCGAGUUUCCACUUCUGUAUGAUCUUGCCACCCGGUUAGCGUUGUUUGAGACUUAUGCUGUGCAAAACGUUGGCCAUGUUCUCUAUGGUGGCAGCGAUCUAGCCAUUACUGCGAAGGCCCCCAAGAGAUACGCAGACACUGAAGUCGUCUAUCUCUGCUUUGCAAACUUUGCGCCUGAAUCACCAACUCUUAGCAAGGCGAUUGCGCGUACAAACUUCUUACACGCACCGUACAUCAAGGCCGGCAAGAUUAAGCAAGAGGAUCUCCUCUACGUACUUUACGCCUCCUUCGCCGAACCCAUUAGAUUUCUUAACCAGUAUGAGUGGCGAAGUCUUACCGACAUGGAAGUGGCUGCUAUUUCUACUUUGUGGAAGUACGUUGCUGAUAUGAUGGAUAUCGACUACAAGACUAUCCUCAAUAAGACUGAGUGGACUGAUGGCAUUGAAUUCCUCGAGGAUGUGUCACUUUUCGCAUCAGACUAUGAAGACAAGUACCUGCGCCCCACGAAAGAGGUUCAAAAGCUCGGUGACGUCCUGAUGGAGAUGCUGUUGGAUUCAUAUCCCAAGUUUGCUGCCCCAGUCGGAUAUCCAGCAGCUUGUGUCAUGAUGGGACCUAGGUUGAGACGAGCAUUUGGGUUCCCGGAGCCAGGUUUGGGCAUCACUGUCCUGACUUACAGUCUCUUACUUGUUCGAAAGCUUGCUGUCCGGUUUUUCUGUCUUCCUCGUGCUUCUGGUGUUGAGUUUCUCUCUCAGCCAGACGAACAGACAGGUCGCAUUACUACUCGCCAUUAUAUGAAGGAGCCUUAUUACGUGCCCGCUACAUUCUGGCAGCGCUGGAACUUUGAGGCUUGUAUUACUCGACUUUCUGGUGGACUAAUUCCUGGUGAUGGUGGCGUAAAGAUGAAGCCCGAAGGGUUUCUCUUUGAGGAUAUCGGCCCCGAAAAGGUUGUUGGCAAGGGUAUUGAUGAGACCAAUGCUUUUGAAGAGAAAGCGAAACAAAAGGCGUUUGCGGGCUGUCCUUACAAACCCGCACGAGCUUAG